GGGGGGAGACGUGUCUGGAGGCAGGAGGAGAGGAGGAAGGUAAAGAGAGUGGAACUGAGGGUAGGAACUUUGAAUGUUGGCAGUAUGACUGGUAAGGGGAGAGAGUUAGCCGAUAUGAUGGAGAGAAGGAAGGUUGAUAUAUUGUGCAUGCAGGAGACUAAAUGGAAGGGGAGUAAGGCCAGGUGGAUCGGAGGUGGACUCAAAUUGUUCUAUCAUGGUUUGGAUAGGAGGAGAAAUGGAGUAGGGGUUAUUCUGAAGGAACGGUAUGUCAAGAGUGUUCUGGAGGUGAAAAGAGCGUCAGACAGAGUAAUUAUUAUGAAGCUGGAAACUGGAGAUGUGAUGAUGAAUGUUGUUAGUGCAUAUGCCCCGCAAGUUGGGUGUGCAAUGGAUGAGAAAGAAGAUUUUUGGAGUGAGUUAGAUGAAGUGAUGAACAGUGUACCCAAGGGACAGAAAGUGGUGAUUGGAGAGGAUUUCAAUGGACAUGUUGGUGAAGGGAACAGAGGAGACGAGGAGGUGAUGGGUAGGUAUGGUGUCAAGGAGAGGAAUGAAGAAGGUCAGAGGAUAGUGGAUUUUGCCAAAAGGAUGGACAUGGCUGUGGUGAAUACGUAUUUUAAGAUGAGGGAGAAACAUAGGGUUACAUACAAGAGUGGAGGAAGAUGCACACAGGUAGAUUACAUCCUAUGCUGAAGAGGCAAUCUGAAGGAGAUUGAAGACUGCAAAGUGGUGGUAGGGGAAAGUGUAGUUAAGCAGCAUAGGAUGGUGGUCUGUAGGAUGACGUUGGAGAUCUUGAAGAGGAAGAGAGUGAGGGCAGAGCCAAUGAUCAAA